AUGGAAUCGGAGAGAGAACAUGGACCGUUGACAGCCACUGAAAACGGAGAACACCUUCGGCUUCAGGACAGACAUGGAGCGCUUGGUCGGGUACUCAGUUUGACUGGAAUAUCGGACAUCAAUUGGUGGAUAAGCCAAGACUGGGAGGGUGGGGGUGAUGCCACGGUGACGGUUGAAGGGCUCUCCACAGAAGGACCUGCUGGGAGACGGCAACUUACCCCCCCCCGCCUCCGCUUAAUUCCACGAACCGUCGCUGACACCACCAGACUGACAGGUGGUGCUUGUGCCCAAUAA